AUGCCCCAAUACGAGAUCAUACGUUACGUCGAGGAUCCCGCCGGCUUCGAAUCCCUCCCGGAGAAACUCAUCGAAGAAAUCAUUUCAUAUCUUCCAACUUCAGCAGUCGCUGCCCUCUGUCAAGCUUAUCCAAAGGUCCUUCAAAUCGUCUGCGAACACAACAAAGACCGAUACUUUGGAUACCGCAAGCACCUUUCUGCAAUCUUUAUGCCUGCAAUCAUCUACGGUGCCUAUGAACGUGUGGCCGGUGAGGGAAUGGAAGAGCAUUCUCGAGGAGCUAAGAAUUUAGCGGAUGUUAUUUGCUGUGAAUUGGGGAAGGGUAGAUGA